UUCCAAAUGACAGUUAAAUUGACAUAAGGGUAACCUAUAAAUUUCCCGUAUCGAAUCUGAUACAAAGUACAAUAAAUUAAGACGUUAGUUUUACAAUAAAAGUCCUAAACAUGAGCGACUUGUCUGACUUUGGAAGUUCGAAACCUGGAGACUCCGAACUCCAAGAUUUUCUCAUGGUAGAAAAACAGAAAGCUCAGUUCCAUGCUCAGAUACAUGAGUUCAACGACUUCUGCUGGGAGAAGUGCGUGGACAAGCCAGGUGCCAAGCUGGACAGCCGUACAGAGACUUGCAUCACCAACUGUGUGGAGCGCUUUAUUGACGUAUCUCUCCUCAUCACGAACAGAUUCGCACAGAUGCUGGAAAAGGGAGGCGGCAUGCACUGACCUGCUUCUCAAACUCAUUAAUUUACAACAUUGACAGUGUAGUUUAGGUCUUGAGAUGAUGUAACAUGUCGAAAAGCGUCCUAUUUCUUAUAAUCUGACUUUUGCCAUAAUAUUUGGAUGUACUUAGUCAAUGGUAAUGUUUAUGGCAUUCUCAGAUUGUGCAUUUAUAGAGUUGGGUACCACCAAAACAUUGUAUACAUGUAUGUAACCUUCAAAAAUUAGAUAUAAUCAUUGACGUAUAUCUCAGGACGGGCCUUACGGGCAAUAAGAACAGGGCCAGUACAGCAGUGUGCCACCGCUACAACGCGAUUGUUUGAUGAGUUCACAUCAUGCAUUGGUCACAACUAGUUGCAUUAGACUGCACAAUUGAUCGAAUUUGUGAGUGACACUGCUGAAAUAGCACCAUUCUUAGUGCCCGUAAGGCCCAUCCUUAGAUAUUAUACGUCAAUGGAUAUACUCUCAUUUUUGAAGGUACUCUUGAAUGUAUGUAGUUGAGACCACAAGGUACAAACGGCAGUAGAAGCUAAGCUACAUUUGCUGCCAAGUACACUACCAGUAAAUAACUCCGUGUUUGAAAGGUUAUAAAUUUAUUUUAUCGCAUUGUUAUGCUUGGUACAGUUGAAUAUAAUAUGUGUUACCAUAAGUUUGGUUUAAUUAAAUAAAACAUUCAUAUCUUAUUUUAGUAUAAUUUAAUCAUAUAGAAAUAAUAAGACAUCAGUUCUCAUUUCUGUGAAGAAAUGAUUAAGAUCAAGUUUUAUUACAAGAUUAGCAGUAUCUUAAAUUUAUUUUUUGCCUUCAGUGGAAAGGACUUUUAAGAUGAUUCCCUUUACAUUUGCACAGCACCCAAUUCGGGAAUAAUCAGUGUCAAAGUUUAUUGUAUUUCUCAGUGAUGAUCUUCUACCUUAGGCUCGUAGCACACUGGAUCCAAUUCACAUGUCGCUCCGAUGUUGCUAAGCGCAUAUUAUAGUCAUAUCCCGAUGCAUGGAUGUCUUGGAUGCACUAUAAUAUGCAAU